UGGAAAGUCGAUACAUGAUGGAUUAUGUAAACGUUUUCGUGACUUCUGACCUUACCUCAUCGGAGAGACGGAUCUGUCUCAACUGGACUAUCGAUUUCUUUAAGUCGCGAUUAGAACUAGUUACUGGAGUUCCAACAUCUGAUCAAAAGGUUUGGAUUUAUAAAUCGGCUGACGCCGCUGAACGUGAGGAGAUAACAGCCCAUGGAUCACAAACUCUCAGUACAUAUCAUAUUAGACCACACACAAGAAUUCACGUCGAUAAUACGAAUACAAAGUCAGUGCUGAAAGAAUUAGAAGCAGAAUUCAGCAAUAGUACUGGCCAACUCUACGUGAUUGAUGAUGAGAAAUAUAAACAACGCAGUGAUAGCGUGCUCAAGUGGAAAAUGGAGAAUGGUUAUGGCGAAUUCGACCCUCACUUUCAAGCAAAACAUUCCUUAUCAGCUCAGGAGAUCAAAAACAGGGCGGAACUUCUCCGAGUCGGGCAAUCGUGUGAAAUUUUGAGUGGAAAUACAUCCAAAUCUGGUGUGAUAAAGUUCAUUGGGAAAGUAGAUGAGAUAGACGAUGGCAAGUCCAUAUGGGUUGGUGUCGAGCUGGACCUGCCUCUAGGAAAAAAUGACGGCAGUUUGCAGGGAAAGCGAAUUUUCGACUGUGAAAAAAACCAUGGAUGCUUCGUCAAGCCCUCCAAAAUUCGUUUGCUUCAUACCGACCCAAUGAUGCCUUCUCCAAACUCUGAGGACGAGAUUUGACUAGCUCAUCUCUACCGCAAGUAGGGCGCCUGCAGUUCAAAAAGAAAAUGUGCCUGAAGUUGUUACUCCUUAUCUCAAAAUGAUGUGGCUCAAUCCAUCUAACCUUGCUGUAGCUCCAAUAAUACGUCUAGCAAGCUCGUACACAUAGAAUAAAUCCUUAACGCUGUACUGCACUUGACUGACCGUAACGGUAAAUAUAGAUGUUUAACAGAAAUGACGUGGAAUCUCGUAGAAUUUUAGUAGUUAUCAAGUAGCGAAUCUUUCUUCAGCCCAGUGAGCUGGAUGGUUGGCUUUGGAACAUCUGUUGGGAAUAACUAGAAAAAUCAUCUGACAAAAUCGAUUACCAUACAUCAAUCCCAAGAAAAU